AUGCUGCGGAGCGGGAGCAGUCAGUUGGGCGCCGGAGAAGGAGUGGUGAAGAGCUCCAGAAGAGAAGAAUACGGCGGAAGAAGGCCUGGCAAUGACGGUAGAAGCGGCGGCGGGAAGAAGAGGAAGAGGUGGCCGGAGAAGGAGAAGAAGCGGCGGCGGAAAGAAGAGGAGGUGGAGCCCGGGAUCCAGCGCGGAGGUCCGGCGGAGAGUGCUGCACUGUCGUCCCUCCAGGCUGGGUCCGCUGACUAUGCCGGUGUCCAGGGGACAGAAGACCCUUAUGUUCCUAUAGACACAGGGCUGGAGCUAGAGACUGAAGACAAGAAGGAAUCUGAAAAUGGAAAAAUCUAUUUUGUUAAAAUCCACGCACCCUGGGAGGUCCUCUCCACCUACGCGGAGGUGCUGAACAUUAAGGUGCCCAUUAAGGAGAAUGACCUGGACGACAAAGCUGGCAACCCUUUGAAUUACGUGUUGAAGCUCUGCAGACUGCCGGACAAAGUCAUGAACCCGGAGCCGGACUAUUUCACCGCCCCAUUCAGCAAGCAGCGACAGGAGCUGUUCCUCAUCCAUGAUGAGAACACGUUCUUCUCCCCGGCCACCAGGAACAGGAUAGUGUAUUACAUCCUCUCCCGCUGCCCGUAUGGAACAUCAGAAGAUAAGAGAAAGUUUGGACUGAAGAAGCUACUGAGCAACGGGACUUACAACGCCACCUUUCCACUCCAUGAUUGUCAGUACUGGAAGAAGUCUCCGGAGGAGAAGUGCGACAAUGAGCGCUACACCCUGUACAGUCAUUGGGCUAGGUUUGGCAAGUUUUACAAAGAGCAGCCUCUGGACCUCAUUAGGAAAUAUUACGGAGAGAAGAUCGGAAUCUAUUUUGCCUGGCUGGGUUUCUACACGGAAAUUAAAUUCUUAUUUUAUGCUGCGGUUGUGGGAUUUUUAUGCUUCCUUUAUGGCUUGGUAACCAUGGAUGACAGCAACAGUAGUAAAGAAAUCUGUGAUAAGGACAUUGGCGGUCAGAUUAUCAUGUGUCCUUUAUGCGAUCAGAGAUGUGAGUUCUGGAGGCUAAACUCCACCUGUGAACCCUCGCAGUAUUCUCAUUUGUUUGAUAAUGUGGCAACGCUUUUCUUUGCAAUAUUCAUGGAAAUAUGGGUAACUUUGUUCCUGGAGUUUUGGAAGCGGAGACAGGCCAGGCUGGAGUACGAAUGGGACUUGGUGGAUUUUGAAGAAGAACAGCAGCAACUUCAGCUAAGACCGGAAUAUGAAGCCAAAUGUACUCAGAAGAAAAAAAAUCCAGUCACUCAGGAGCUGGAGCCUUACCUGCCCGUAACUAGCAAGGUAGCACGGUUCUGCUUCUCUGGAACCAUGGUGCUCUUCUGGAUCACCCUGAUCAAAGCCAGCACGAUCGCGGUUAUAGUGUAUCGGCUGGCCGUCUAUGCUGCGUUCGCCAGUGUCAUGGAGAACAACGACACGCUGGAACCCAUCAGCGGAUUGCUGACCCCGCAGCUGGCCACCUCAGUGACCGCGUCUUGUCUGAACUUUAUCAUGAUCAUGAUCCUGAACUUCCUGUAUGAACGCGUGGGGAUCUGGAUUACCGACAUGGAAAUCCAGAGGACACACCUGGAGUACGAGAACCGCCUCACCAUGAAAAUGUUCCUCUUCCAGUUCGUCAAUUACUAUUCGUCUUGUUUCUACGUGGCGUUCUUCAAGGGCAAGUUUGUGGGUUUCUCCGGAGAAUACACCUAUAUGUUCAGCCGCUGGCGCAAUGAGGAGUGCGAUCCGGCCGGCUGUCUGAUAGAACUCACCACUCAGCUCACUAUCGUCAUGGCUGGAAAGCAGAUCUGGGGGAAUAUUCAAGAGGCCCUUGUUCCGUGGAUGAUGAACUGGUGGAGGAGACGGAAAACCACUCACAGCCCAGAGAAUUUAUACAGCCGCUGGGAGCAGGACUACGAGCUGCAGGUGUUUGGUCCUCUGGGCCUCUUCUAUGAAUACCUUGAAAUGGUAAUUCAGUUUGGGUUCAUCAUGUUGUUCGUGGCGUCUUUCCCACUGGCGCCGCUUCUCGCUCUGCUCAACAUCAUCCUGGAAAUCCGCGUUGACUCCUGGAAACUGACCACGCAGUUCAGGUGCCCGUUUGCGGCCAAAGCCCACAGCAUCGGGGUGUGGCAGGAGAUCCUGAACGCAGUGGCCAUUCUGUCCGUGGUGACGAAUGCUUUUAUUGUCGCCUUUACUUCCGACAUGAUCCCCCGCCUGGUGUACUAUUACGCCUACUCGGAAAGCGGCGAUUCGGGUUAUAUCAGCAGCAGUCUGUCCGUUUUUGAUAUCAAUGAUUUCAAUAACAUCAGCAUGCCGCUGGAGAAUAUAAUGAAUGUUACAUUUUGCAGGUACAGAGACUAUCGUUAUCCUCCUGACCACAAGAAGAGAUACUUACACACCAUGCAGUUCUGGCAUAUACUGGCUGCAAAAAUGGCAUUUAUAAUAAUUAUGGAGGUAAAAACACCAUCUUCAUGCUUGUAUAUCUGUGUCUCUCAUCUCUCUCUGGCUACACUUUUCACACCCCAAGGAAGUUUGUCUGCACAUGUCUGUGACCCUUCUUCAAUGCAAAAUAACCUCUGUUAA